AUGCCCGGACAAGACGCAGGCACCCCGCGUGUAUUCCUUUACCGUCACGGCCAGACAGAAUGGUCCCAGAACGGCCGCUACACCGGCGUCACUGAACUGGACCUCACAGCCACUGGCAAGAAACAAGUUUCCGCCUCGGGAAAAAUGAUUGUUGGCUCAGGCAAAUUAAUUGACCCGGCUAAUAUCGCUCGGGUCUACAUUAGCCCCCGCAAGCGAGCAAUGCAGACCUUUGAGAUUGCGUUUGACGAUGCCGAUAAGCAGGCGUUACAGCGCGAAGAAAAGAUUACCCCGAAAGAAGAGAGGUUGGCUGAGUGGGGUUACGGCUUGUACGAGGGGUUGGUGACGAAGGAGAUUCGCACCUUGAGAAAAGAACGUGGGCUGGAUACUGAACGGCCGUGGGAUAUCUGGCGCGAUGGCUGUGAAGAGGGAGAGUCUGCGCAAGAUGUUACGGAUCGCAUUGAUAGUCUCAUUCGAGAAAUCAGGGCUUCUCACAAAGAUAACAUGCAUGGUGAAAGUCCCUCGGAUGUUGUACUUGUUGCACACGGUCACCUUCUUCGGGCUUUUACCAAGCGCUGGCUUGGAUAUCCGAUGGACUUCCCUUUGCUUCUUAUGCUCGAGCCUGGUGCUGUUGGUGUUCUUAGCUACCAGCAUCAUAAUAUUGAAGAGCCUGCUCUGCUGGUCGGCUAUGGCUUUCCGGUUGAUGAGCAGGAGUAA